GCUCGGAGACCUCCCUUGCUCUCGUCACAACCACGCAAUUUGGGGGGUCGAACCUAUGCGGUAGUGGCUGUUUCGAUUGAUCUUUACAACAGUUUUAAAGAAACGACUCGAGUGCGUCCUAUAAAAAGGAGGUUGUCUAGGAGCGUGGGUUCAGACUUUUCCAUCUUCAGGUGCAGUCAGUUUAGAGAGAGACUGAACGUAAUUAUGGAGGGCACUUUCCGAGAGCAGCUGUUCUUUUUGGUGUUGUGUCUGUCAGUCCUCAAGGGAGACUCCAGGUACAUCGAGGACAACGAUAUUUCAACAGAAGGAUUAUUUUCACUUCUCAAUUCGGACCUCAAAAGAGAAUUACCUGAGGAAUUAAUGUACCGUAGAUCUUUACGGUGUCUGGACAUGGUGUCGGUAGAGGGUCAAUUCACCUUCACGGCUGACCGGCCACAGUUUAGCUGUGCAGCCUUCUUUAUUGCUGAGCCAAACGAGGUCAUUAGCGUAGAGUACGACAACGUGGACAUCGACUGCAGGGGAGGAGACUUCAUCAAGGUGUUUGACGGCUGGGUUAUGAAGGGGGAGAAGUUUCCCAGCUCCCAGGACCACCCUCUGCCGCUGUCGCAGCGCUACGUGGACUACUGUGACUCCAGCAUGACCAGGAGAGCUGUGCGCUCCUCUCAGAACGUCGCCAUGGUCUUCUUCCGUGUCCAAACCGCCGGCAGUGGCUUCACCCUCACCGUAAGGAGACUCACCAACCCUUUCCCCUGCAAUGUCAUCUCCCAGACACCAGAGGGCACCUUUACAAUGGUGAUCCCCCAGCAGCACAGGAACUGCAGCUUCUCAAUCAUCUACCCCGUGGAGGUCCAGGUCUCUGAUCUCUCCCUGGGACACCUCAACGACUUCCCAAUCCAGAAGUCCUCUCUUGGCUGUGUGGAGGCGGGGGAUUUUGUGGAGCUGCUGGGAGGUAGCGGAGUGGACACGUCCAAGAUGAUCACAGUGGCUGACCUGUGCUACUCCAACAGUCCUGUCCGUAUGAAGAUAGCCUGUGACAACACAGUGGUGAGGAUGGUGUCCAGUGGAAAGUUUGUGAACCGAGUGUCCUUCAACUACCGGCUAUUGGACCAGCAGGAUCUUCACCGGAUCAGAGGAAACAGUGUGGAAGAUUAUUGCUUCUCCGGCUGAGGUCUCCUACUACACCGGAAGCACCAAACAUACCAUGUGACUGAUAACGGAAAAAAACUGUGCGGUGGGUUGCCAUGCCCCUCUCUCCGUUCCAGUUAAAUGAAGAGAAUCUUUCUUUUAUUAUUUUUUUUACCUCAUUUUGGUUGUGUUCUGUUUUUUAUUUUAUUGCUUUGAUCUUUUUCAUUAUGUUAUAUAAAUUGUGGCUCGCGCAAGCCUAAUAAACGGUUCUCUUGUGUUUGUUGGCAAUGCUAUUGGUUCUACUCAGUAUUUAUGUGUCUUACGUGUGUUUAUUGAAAUGAAACAUAGAGCAUUGGCAUAGGAUUAUAUACUGGAUAUGUGGUCAACAUUCUUUCAGGGGAACGGUACUAAAGAAAUAAAUGUUUCUAUUUAUACUCCAGAAAUAGUAUGUUGGAGUCUUACCCCAUCAGGUUUCCACUACAUACAGUAGUAAGAUCAAUUAUUCAAGGAUGCAAUAGAACAUGUAAAAUUAUGUCCAUUGCUGUUAUCUAUAUUUAUUUAUAUCAAACUAUUAUUUUGUAAUAAAAUUUAACCGCAUGAUACAUUUUUCUUU